CAGUGAUACGAGAAUAUAGUCUACAUACUGUUGGAACAUUUAUUUUGGAUACAUUUUUGUUAUGAUGUUUGAGGAAACACUUUCAAGACUUUAUAAUGGGGAACAAUCUCUAUUGGAGCUGAGUGUUGGACUAGAGUCAAUCAAUAUGGACUUUUGUGUUUGAAAUGAUUAAAGAUUGGACUCUGUGAUUAAAAUGAAUCUGGAAUCAUAUUGUGCUCAAGGCUUCAUGUCUUGCCAAUCGAAGCCUUUGUAUCGACAUCUGUUCAGUCUGUUCUUCCCGAAAUGUAUGAGACCAGUAGUGACAACCAUCACCACCUCCUCAGCUCUGGCUUCCAGUCACAUCUCCUCCUCCAAGCCUCCUCACAACUCCUCCUCAGUGACAGUUACCGCUAACAGCAAAUCACCUCCUUCUCCUCCCAACUGUAGAGGAGUGGAAGGAGGAGGAGGAGGAAGAGGAGUAGGUGGUGGAGGAGGCGGACAUUCUCCUCCUCACCAAUCACAUCCCAACCACUCGACAGCUGCCUCCUCAGUGAGGAGGGCGAACAGUCCAGAAACGGCCAAUCCUGCCGAUCCUAUAACUGAGGCGCCCAGCAUGGCGAUGGCACGGGCCGGCUGGGUGCUGAGGGCUCUGCUGCUGAACGACGCGUCAGGCAUCCUGAGGGACAGGAAGUCGGUUGGAGGGCGUCUGGUGGUGCGGAGAUGCGCGAGUGGCAGUGAACUGGUGGACUGGCUCAUGGGUCUGGCUCCGGUGCAGGUGGACAGCAGGCAGCUGGCUACUGGCAUGUGGCAGGCUCUCCUCGAGGAAGGUGUCAUUUCACAUGCAACAACGGACCACGCCUUCAAGGACAAGUGUCUGCUGUACAACUUCUUCCAAGACCGGGAGGGCUCCACGACGAUCCCCACAGCCCAGGAUGUGGCUGAAGCCGAGGAACACCUGGAGGAGAGUAUAGUCGAGCUGGUUCAUAGAGCACCCGAUGCCGUGCUCAGGAUGAUACUGAGAAAACCGAGUCAUGAUAGGACUGCUGAAGAGCUGGAGACAAUCUACGAUGAAUUAAUGCAGCUGAAGCCUUUACUUCAUUUUUCAAAUUCCGUCAAAAGAGAAUUAGCCAGCGUGGUUAUGUUUGAAGCGCAUAAUAACAAAUCAGGAAGUGUUCUAUUCCAACAAGGAGACGAAGGAAGGUCGUGGUACAUUAUUUUGAAGGGUUCUGUGGACGUUGUUACACAUUCGAAAGGCAACGUGGAUGUUAUAUCAGAAGGGGAGGACUUCGGGAAACUAGCCUUAAUUAAUGAUACGCCAAGAGCAGCGACAAUAAUCUUAAGGGAGGACAUUUGUCAUUUCUUGAGAGUGGACAAGGAGAAUUUCAACAGGAUCAUGAGGGACGUGGAAGCCAAUACUGUCACCUUCAAGGAGCAUGGGAAGGAUGUCCUUAUUUUAGAACGGAUUCCGAAUAACAACAGAAAUCAACCCAAAAUGUGCAGAUUCCUAGUGGUGGCAGGUACACCGCAAAAGAUGUUGGAACACUUGCUGGAAACGCGAGUGAUGGUGGGAGCUGCCAGCGGAGGGAGAGAGCCAGUCAACGAUCCAUGUCUUGACGACUUCUUUCUCACUCACAUCGUAUACAUGCCCACUAGGCAGCUGGUUACCGAGCUCACUAAACAAUAUCCUUUUAUAUUCCAAUUAAUUGAUAAAUUAAAUUCUAUUAGUUCUAUGA